AUGACUAGCAACCAACUUCCCAUCCCGAGUCGAUUCAUCACCGGCCGCAACCAAGCUGGCAAGGCGAUAUUCGAAACCUGCCUCCCUGAACCGCUCGUCAGAACCAACGUCGGGACUCACGACUUCUUUCUAGGCUAUGUCACCAACGAGCAUCCCGUCGAUCUCCAGGACAACAAGGACAUUGGCGUCUACGAGCAAUACUUGGCCCAGCCUCCAGGACUCGCCGUCCCAGGAGGUAGUGUCCUUCGAUUCGUCGACUUCCCACCGGGCAAGUCGGCCAUGCACCGGACGGUGAGCAUCGACUACGGCAUUGUACUCGAAGGCGAGAUGGAGCUGCUACUAGACUCGGGCGAGACCCGCCAUAUGAGACGCGGAGAUGUUGCGAUCCAGCGCGGGACGAUUCACCAAUGGAUAAAUCCUAGCAGCAACGAGUGGGCACGGAUGGUGUUUAUGCUCCAGGAGAGCAAGCCGUUGGUUGUGAAUGGGGCUGCGUUGCAGGAGGAGCUCGGCGAGAUGGAAGGCAAGCUACCGCCUUCGAAGAAAUAG